AUGCGCUUCGACGAUAUAGCCUGGGAAGCAAGCGAAACCAUCUCCGACAGCUGGGUGGCCGGCCUAUUCCAAACCGACACCCUCCGGGCCAUCGGCGAUUUCAUGAUCAAGCAUCGACGAGGCGUCCCAAUUGAACUGUGUCAACCCCGAGCAGGGACAUUUAAUAUGUCGUUUCGGAUGAAGUUCAAAGACGGUGGCUCGGCGCUAAUCCGCUUCCCCAAGCCUAGAACCACUAUGUUCCCGGAGGAAAAAGUGAAGAAUGAAGUGGCCACAAUGCGGUACAUUCAAGAAAAUACCUCGAUCCCUGUGCCAUUCAUCCUGCAUUGGGGAACGAGGGAGGAGAGCCCUCUUGGUCUUGGCCCAUUUAUCCUAAUGGAGUAUAUCGACCACGCCAUGGAGCUGGGCGAGGCGUUGAACACCCCAACGCUCGGAGUCGAUGACCGCCCAAUCCUCGAUCCAGCGGUUGAUCUUGAUAAGCUGGAGAUGCUGUACGGACAGCUGGCAGACAUCUUUCCUCAGUUAUCGCAGUUAUCACUACCUCGGAUCGGCUCUCUUAUGCAAGUAGACGACUUCACAUGGAAGCCCAAGCACCGACCUCUCUCAAUCGGCAUGAAUGAGCUCGUUCGCUUAGGGACUCUUCUCGCAUCCGACUAUUUCCAGGCCCUCGCUAACCUGCACUGCGAGCAUCUAUAUCACCAGCGCAACGAUGCAGUAUACUCAGCAGAUGACUGUCGGCGUAGGUUCGUCGCCCGACGGCUAUUUUGCAGGGUCGCUGGUGAAAGGCGGUUGGCUAUCUCGAGAAACGAUCAUGGGCCUUUCAAGCUCUGGUGUGACGAUCUUCGGCCCUCGAACAUCCUGUUCAACGAGCACCUGCAGAUCGUCGGUGUAAUUGACUGGGAGUUCACAUAUGCCGCGCCGGUUCAGUUUUCUCAGGCACCGCCUUGGUGGUUGCUGCUCGAACAGCCGGAGUACUGGUCUGAUGGGAUAGAGGCGUGGGAAAAGUCAUAUGGGUACCGUCUACAAACAUUCCUUAAAGUUCUCGAAGAACACGAAGAGACAGAGACGCAACGGGGCAGGUUGAACCCGGACCAGAAACUUUCGGGUCCCAUGCGACAGAGCUGGGAGAACGGUGAUUUUUGGGUGGCGUAUGCUGCGAGGAAGAGCUUUGCUUUUGAUGUGGUUUUCUGGGAGAAGCUCGAUCCCAGGUUCUUUGGUUCCAGCGCGGUUGCUGUCGAAGAUCGCUGGAAGGAGAGACUGGGGUUGUUGACUGAGCAAGAGAGACUGUGUAUGGAACGGGUUGUGAGUCGGAAGGUUGAGCAGAUGAAGACAAGGGAGCUGAUUUGGGAGCCGGAGGAGAUGUCUUAA